GUUCAUGGAGGCGAUGGGAAUGGGGAUGGAAAACAACUCAAUUAAUAAUCGGCGCGGCAGUGUCUUGGCAAUAAGUUUGGAGUACAGUUAUCAGGCAGUUUGAUUACUUGGCUAUUUAUUAAAAACAAUGAAGUCUUGUUUGCGAUCAGCUUUGCUUCAUGAACCGUGACAGGCAAACAUUUAAACGAUUUUUUAGCAAAUAUCUAGAUUAAAAUCGAAACUAUGCUGGUCGGGUUGUGCAAAUCGAGUUAUAAUGGCUGUCAACUACUCUGACUUGUAGCCAACAAUGGCAUCUGUUUAGGUUGUUUAGUCAAUUUAGAAAGAUGUGUGCUAGGAACAUCGGCUUUAUGUCGCUUUUGACUCUUCUGUAUUUUGCAGUGAAGAUAUCCUCCAAGUUCGAAUUCACCAACAUCGACUGCACGUCGUUGGAUAAAACCUUUGAUGACUUCGAGUAUUGCUAUCUGAAGUCAGUCAAUCGCAGCUAUAAAUAUCUAUCGGCCAAAGUUAAGCUGUUCAAGACGCCGAUCACAAAGGUCAAGGUUCAUGCUGUACUUUUCAAGCGAUACAACGGCUACAAGCCUUUCAUGUUCAACGUGACUGUGGAUGCCUGCAGGUUUCUGAAUAACACCAAGGGCAAUCCGCUAGCCUCGUACUUCAUGGAGUUCCUGAAACCGUACUCCAACAUGUAUCACACAUGUCCCUUUGAAGUGAGUGGGUCCUAAUACACCUGAGUGGAGUUAAUCGCAUUUCCUGAUUCUAGCACGAUUUGAUUGUGGAGAAACUGGAUGUUAGAUUUGUAAACCAUCAAGUAACAAAGGUCUUACCCUUCCCAGAAGGCGCCUAUCUACUGGAAACAAACUGGAUUGCCUACGACAUCAAUC